CGGCACGAGCCCGCAGCCCUCCCCGCGCGGCGCGCCGCGGCACCAUGGAGCCCGCCGUGUCGCUGGCCGUGUGCGCGCUGCUCUUCCUGCUCUGGGUGCGCGUGAAGGGGCUGGAGUUCGUGCUCAUCCACCAGCGCUGGGUGUUCGUGUGCCUCUUCCUCCUGCCGCUGUCGCUCAUCUUCGACAUCUACUACUACGUGCGCGCCUGGGUGGUGUUCAAGCUCAGCAGCGCGCCGCGCCUGCACGGGCAACGCGUGCGGGACAUCCAGAAGCAGGUGCGAGAAUGGAAGGAGCAGGGCAGCAAGACCUUCAUGUGCACGGGGCGCCCCGGCUGGCUCACUGUUUCGUUGCGGGUGGGGAAGUACAAGAAGACCCACAAAAACAUCAUGAUCAACCUGAUGGACAUUCUGGAGGUGGACACCAAGAAACAGAUUGUCCGUGUUGAGCCAUUGGUGACCAUGGGUCAGGUGACCGCCCUGCUGACCUCCAUUGGCUGGACUCUACCCGUAUUGCCUGAGCUUGAUGACCUCACAGUAGGGGGCUUGAUCAUGGGCACAGGAAUUGAGUCAUCAUCCCACAAGUACGGCCUGUUCCAACACAUCUGCACCGCCUACGAGCUGGUCCUGGCUGAUGGCAGCUUUGUGCGAUGCACACCAUCCGAAAACUCAGACCUGUUCUAUGCUGUGCCCUGGUCCUGUGGGACCCUGGGCUUCCUGGUGGCUGCUGAGAUCCGCAUCAUCCCUGCCAAGAAGUACGUCAAGCUGCGCUUUGAGCCAGUGCGGGGCAUGGAGGCUAUCUGUGACAAAUUCAGCCACGAAUCCCAGCAGCGAGAGAACCAUUUUGUGGAAGGGCUGCUCUACUCCCUGGAUGAGGCCGUCAUCAUGACAGGAGUCAUGACAGACGAAGCAGAGCCCAGCAAGCUGAAUAGCAUUGGCAAUUACUACAAGCCGUGGUUCUUCAAGCACGUGGAGAACUACCUGAAGACAAACCGAGAGGGCCUGGAGUACAUUCCCUUGAGGCACUACUACCACCGCCACACGCGCAGCAUCUUCUGGGAGCUCCAGGACAUCAUCCCCUUUGGCAACAACCCUGUCUUCCGCUACCUCUUUGGUUGGAUGGUGCCUCCCAAGAUCUCCCUUCUGAAGCUGACCCAGGGCGAGACCCUGCGCAAGCUAUACGAGCAGCACCACGUGGUGCAGGACAUGCUGGUGCCCAUGAAGUGCCUGCCACAGGCCCUGCACACCUUCCACAACGACAUGCAUGUGUACCCCAUCUGGCUGUGCCCAUUCAACCUGCCCAGCCAGCCAGGCCUGGUGCACCCCAAGGGAGACGAGGAAGAGCUCUAUGUCGACAUUGGAGCAUACGGGGAGCCGCGUGUGAAACACUUUGAGGCCAGGUUCUGCAUGAGGCAGUUGGAGAAGUUUGUCCGAAGCGUGCACGGGUUCCAGAUGCUGUAUGCCGACUGCUACAUGAAUCGGGAGGAGUUCUGGGAGAUGUUUGAUGGCUCCUUGUACCACAAGCUGCGGGAGCAGCUUGGUUGCCAGGAUGCCUUCCCUGAAGUCUAUGAUAAGAUCUGCAAGGCUGCAAGGCACUGAGCUGGAGCCCACCAGGAGAGACAGACACAUGUGGGAGGACAGGCAUCUUCCCUUCACUCAAACUUGGCUGCUUUCCCAGAUCCACACUUUCAUAAAGAAAUCCCUCCAGAAAUCCCACCCAGACAUCCCCAGUGGUCUCCUCCUGGCUCCCAGGGGCAACCCAGUGGAGUGGAAAGAUGGGGUUUGGAGUCAGACAAACGUGAAUUUAGUUCCCAGUUCAGCCACUCAUCAGCUAUGUGGCUCUGGGUGAGUCACUUAACCCCUCUGAGUCCCAGUCUCUUCGUCUGUUGAAAGGGCAUAAUAAUAUCUACCUGCAGGUGUCGUCAUCCGAGUCAAGCACCUGUCACAUUGAAGGUGCUGGGUAAGUGGUAGCUGUUGCCCCGUCAGCAUCACACCUGACUGAAGUGAUUUCGAUUCAGCAGCUGAGUCUGGAAAGGCACCAUGCUGGGUCACUUGUGCACAGGUUGGCUGGGAUGAUGAAGGGGAUGCCCUGGAGCUGCACUGCCCAUGCCUCAGUCAGCCAGAAGAGCUCCUCGCAGGGAGAAGGAGGGCUCCUGUCCACCCCGGGGGCCUCAGGAGGGCAACAGACAGGGCAGGCAGGCCCAAGACGUGCUGUGCCAAAGCCAGGUCCAAUUCCAAAAUUCUCUGUGCCGUCUUUAGUGACGUCCUGCCACUUCGUCCUUCACACCCAGGCUUGCAGGCCUACCUCAGCCAUUGCCAAGUCCACUCAGAGGACUGUGUUCCUGGAGACUUGCAAGGUUGAAUCCUAUCCCAGCCUCGGCCUGGAAUGCCCCUGAUGGCGAAAGUGAUCUCUCUGAAUUGGAUCCAGAGCACCUGGGCUCACUCUUCUUGGCUUGCCAACCCUCCAGCCUCCACUUGGUAGUGGGAGUGUGUCCACGCUGCUCCGCAGCAUGGGGGUGGGGAGGGUGGGCCACAUCAGGUGGGAAAAUGGAGUUCAUUGUAUGCUACUGUGAGGAUUCUCACUGUGGGGCUGAAAGAAAAGGGCAUCAACAUUUCUCCAUCCUACUUUUUUCCUUCCCACCCCCAGCUGUAGUUAAUUUCAGUGCCUUACAAAUCCUAAGCUCAGAGAAAAGUUAGCUCCGUUUCCGUUCCAGAGGGAAGGGGACCUCUCCAGGUCCUUCCCCACUUAUUACUGAAGCUUGGUUGUUUAUGCAACUCCAUCUCAAGAACUGCCCAGUCUCAGCUGAAAACCCAGAAUCUGAGAAGAAAUUGUGUCAUGUAAGGGAAGCUAGAAUUAAGGGAGCUGUGCUAGUCACAUCUGUGAGGUUCGAGUGAGGAGACUUGGGUUUCGGUCCCUGCUCUGUAGUCAGCAAGCUGUGCAGCUGUGGGCAGGUCAUUUGUCCCCCUGAGCUGUAGUCUCUUCAUCUAUCACAUCAGCAUAGAUGAGACCUCCCCAGAGCCCUUCUGUCGUAAAUAACAUGGUUGCCAAACCCAUGGAAGGCCUUAUGUUGAAAGUCAGAGGGAAAAUAAAUGAUCCCAGUGCACACUUGGGAUUGUAGUCAUUUGAGGUCCUUCAGCCCCAAGGCCAGCUCCCAUCUCAUUUUCAGAAAGGCUCAUCUGUGGCUUGCAGAGAAGUGUCAGAAUCCUCUGAGAGUCACACUUUGAAGGACGCUCACCCACCCACCCAGGGGUCAGCAUACUGCAGAGGGUCUCAGCAUGGCCCUGGGAAGGCUGGGUGCAUUCAUGGCACUCAUAGGGUCAAGAAACCACCCUUACCCGUUUGCCCUCUGGAGGGGGCAGAAGAAAAACAUAAACCUCAUUUUCUAGUUUGCAAAGCAUGCAAAUUCUGGCAUUAGCUCUCAUAGUGGGCCCGUGUGCUUCCUCGCUGGGUGCUAAACUGAUGAUUCUACUUAACUGUAGAUGAAUGGUUAACACAAGGUAGGUUAAUCCAGAAGAUAAAGUGCCAUCAUUUCACCAGUGGAGCCUCCCUCCCUAAGCCACUGGGACUGGCCAGGGAUGCCGGCAGCCUUUGUCACCCUUAGUCAUAUAACCAAAAUACAACCCUUCACAGACCUUACCCAGAACCUGGGGCUUGGAAGGGAAGGUAUUUUGGAAUCGCACCAGCCUCAGGUUAAUAUUUUGCUCCAGUAACAUCUUGCCUGGAAAGAAGCAGUCUUCCAAGGAUAGUGAGCUGAGUUACUGGCUUUUUCUUAGAACCAGUCCCAUCAGUCCAACCAUGUGGAUGGAACUGAACAGUGCAUGUGGAAAGAACAGAGUAGGCCUCUCCCCUCCAGAGCCCUGAGUCUUGGUUGCAUGAAAGUUUUCUGUAAAACCAAGAUUGUACCAGUUUCUUUGGCUGGAAGGAUGAAUAACUGGAUAUUACUAGAAGGGAAGGGAGGGGUGGGAUGGGUGUGGCAAUGUAUGGUGUGUGGUUUUUAUCUUUUCCUUUGGUCAUGGGGACCAAGGAGAAAGGCAUGAAUCUCGCCUAUUGGGUCUCACAGCCACAAGCUCUGCACCUACUCUGUAGAACAUUCCCUGUGGCUCUGGGGUCACUGCUUCUGUAAAAAUAAAAGU